AUGGAACGUGCCGAGGCUAUUUUGGCCAAUGAGCGAGAAGAAAUUAACCUUCUACGUGAACCGCUAAGGGUGCUUCGGCUGUCGCUUGUCAUGUGCGUGAAGUACAUGACACGCUAUGUGACGGCACAUUUAACUCCGUCCGUGCUUCAGUUUGCCGUUCCUGUAUUUCUAUUCAUGGCUGCAAUGUCCCUUUUUUGGGUCGAUUCCCCUGCUGGUCAUGCGUUUGCCGCUCUUGACUCGGACAAAGAUGGCCUAGUCUCACCGGAGGAUCUAGAGGUCUACUACACCCGUGUCUUGGGCCAUCCGACGGGUAUCGCACAACAGGCUCAGGCUGCCUUUCCUAAUAAUGCUUCCCACCUCAAUAAGGCCCAGUUUGUGGGAUGGUGGGAGGAAGGCCAAGGUGAUGUGCUGCGGCGAGAUGCCUUUUUUAGUCAAGGAACUUGGCGAGAGGUGGAGUAUCUGCUUGCCGAUGCCAUAUGGUGGUUGGUUCUGGGUAUACUUUCCUCUGUUGGAUUGGGCACAGGAAUGCAUUCGGGAUUGCUCUUCCUCUUUCCACAUAUUUAUCUUGCCUGUUCCUCUGCGGAUUAUUGCGGCAACACCAACUAUUGGACGUACCCUGUGAACCGUUUUUAUGGGCCACGCGAUCGCACAUUUAUGUGUGUCACACCCCAUCCGGGCACAUCAGUUCCCUCGACUCUGGCGCGUCUGUUGAAGGUGAUUCCCGCGUGUGUUCUUUGGGGUGCGGGAACCGCAAUCGGGGAGAUUCCACCGUAUGCCUUGAGCUACGCCGCCGCCCGACAGGGUAAGCGACACGCGGAGCUGGAGGAGGUCUCUAAGUAUGACGUGUUGAAUCGUAUGAAGACAUGGACAUUGGAUAAAAUACAACGCUACGGUUUCUGGGCCAUACUCCUUCUUGCUGCCUGGCCCAACAUGGCCUUUGACCUGUGCGGGAUGGCAUGUGGUCAGUUUCUUAUGCCAUUCUGGACCUUUUUCGGGGCAACGUUCGUUGGCAAGGCGCUGAUUAAGGUCAAUAUGCAAGCUGUUUUUUCGUUCUGCUCUUCUCCGGUGACAAUAUUGAGCGUAUCAUACGUCUCGUGGUUGGUGCACUGGGUAAGGUUUUGGUCCUUCCCGCGUGGGCAGGCUCGAAGGGCACCAAGGGCAUAG